UUUGUGAUCUCUAAUCUCUCAUGCUUUCUCUGCCAUGCAGUUUGCCUCCGGAUCCAGAUCAACCCCCAGAAUAAAGGCGAGUUCCAAGGCAUUUCACCGGAGCGGGCAUUUGCCGAUUUCCUCUUUGCCAACACCAUCCUCCAUCUUGUCGUCAUCAAUUUUGUUGGCUGA